AAAACGUAUCGCAUUGUCGCAUACUUUGCUGUUAUUUCCUGAGAAAAUUGAUCGGCGUUAAUAGCUACGAUGGCGCUAGAAUUUGCCAAAUUCCUUCUUCAAGAAGAGAAGAAUCUUGAUGAGCAUAAAGAGCUCCUUGACGCUGUAGCUAGGCUUUCUGUCAACACAACGGAGGUUCGUGACAAGGAAGCAGGUGGCGAUUCCGUUCCCGCUGUCAACCAGUUGCUUACCCACCUCGCUCGUUUUUUUGUCGAGAAAUCAGACGUUUUGGAUAGUGCUGAAGACUACAUCUUCGACGCAGUUGUCCAGACGUUUCACGAUGCUGUUGUAGAAGCUUUGUUGAAACGCCCGAAAAAUACCAGAAAGCAAGCAGAAAAUCCGCAACUUUCCUUGAGGGCGGAAUUCGAACAUUUCUUGGAACGCCUCGACGUUUAUGGUCAUGCACAGGUGGAUGCCAUAGUGCCAGUGGUGUUAAAUGUGGGCGAUGAAUCGCGGCCCAUCCGGGAAACUAGAAGUCUUUGUGUGCCGCCUGUAGAACCAACCGAAUUUCCGAAGUUUGUCAAGGACCUUUGGAUUAACCUGGGCGCACAACCGCGGAAACUUGAAUGCUACGUUUAUGGGGUGCUCCAUGAAACGCUGCAUUUUGUGUUUGGCAACAUGGGCGAUGUUUUUAUCCAGCAUCAAUUUGCUAUAGCGCACCCUUGGCAUAAGACCCCUACUAAUCGAGCCCGUACUAAUAUUCCCGACCUGGCGCUUUUAAAGUGUGACCAUAACGCCAGCAAGCCGAGCAAAAAGUACCAAGCUUUGCUGCUUGUCGAAGCGAAAAAUUAUUCGGUGAACAAUAAGCAAAUAAAUGAGCUAAAAAAACACGCCGAAGAGCAGGCCAAAAAGCAAGGGAAAUUUGCCUUUGCCGCCGACCACGUUGGGAAGCACGUUUACUUGAUGAUCACUGUUGGCUGCGAAUGGACCUGCGUUAAAAUGACGAAAAUGUCGGCAAAGGCCACUGCAAGUCAGUUUAUGUUCAGCCGGAUACUUCCCGGUGGGAAAUGGAUUCCAUCGCUGCACUCUACGGAAGCGUUGGUUGCGUUACAGAAUAUCCGUCAUCACAUUGAGAAAGACGAGCUGAAAAGAUACAAGUCUGCUAGUUCCGUACCGGAACAAUAAACGUCGCUGGGAUUUGGAUUGGAUUUUGAGCGGUCAUGGCCUGCUGCACUGCUAAUCCUGAUGACUUUUGUUUAUUCUCUGUCUGUCUUGUUUGGUACUCUGAAGGAUGAAAACGUUAAACAUCCGGGGAUCUUUUCCUAAGCGACACAUUACAAAUCGACAGUUUAAAUCAAGGAGGAAAGAUGCGGAGACUUAUCCUUUUUUCGAAUUUCUCUGCAACGCGCCUGCCAUGUACUUUUACAACUCAUUCCGUGAAAAUUUAAGAAAAUCGUAGUCGAAUCAUACUCGUACUGACAACCAUAAACCACGAAUAAUUUUAAUAUCACCUGAUCCGGAUAAUAUCAUUGAAACUACCAGACAUAAGAUGAACUUAUACGCAGUAAACUCGUAAAGAUUGGACCAACAAAAGAAUACCCGCAACAAAGCCAAGAUGUAAGCCGAUCCACUAGUUCUGUCAGCGAGACCGUACUGUGUCCGCCACCGGCUGCAGCACAUGCCUGCGGUGGUUCGCAGCACCUUUGGGUUUACCGUAGCAAUCAGGUUGCAACGGGCGCGUGUCAUG